AUGAGGGCAUUAUCACUUUCCCACCUCCUCGUGCUAGCUUCCUGGGCCGCCUUUUCUUUCUGUGCUGUGCUUGUAAAGAACUCUGGCGAGAUCGAUGACACCUUUAGAGGUGUUUCACAGCCGAUGACAAGUCCUCCCGAGAAACGCUCAGUUCUUGUCGAGGAUAGCCUGAAAUACGAUGGAGCCAAGGGGAAUGAUUGGGUAGCCCCUCCAAGCGUCAUGUAUCAAAUUCAGAAAGAUUCUGUCACAGAAGAUCUGGCUUCACGAAACGACGAUGAUGAUGAAUUUGCUCCGACGGAAACAAACCUCUAUGCUCUCUGUAUGGAGCUUUGCAGGCAAGAUUAUUCUCAGGGCGGUUUUGUCCAUUGGGACUUUCGUUGCUGCCUUCGCUGA